AUGGAUGAAGCUCAUGACAUGUUGCUUGAAGGGAUGCUUAAAAGAGAUAGAGUUGGAAAGGAAAAGGCUUGGAACUUGAUUUGGACUGUAUCUUCCAGCAACUCUAGAAUUGAUUUUGGCAACUUGAAAGGGUUUCUUGAAAUAGAUAAAGAAAUGUUUGGGAGGUGUUUAGGGCUUGGAAUGAUGCUCUUAGAGAGAAGGAAACAAGAUGAAAGAGAUGGUGCUUGA